CAAUUUUUCCGGUGCUCAACCCUCAAAGAAGAAGAGUGAAACCUAAAACCCUGUGCUCCCUCCCUCCCAAAACUCUAGAAACUGAUAAUGGGGACGGCGACAAACCAAGCAGAGCGGCAAACCCAAGUCGAAACAACGCCGGAGAUUGUUGAUGCUUUACUUGAGGCUGCUAGAUAUGAUGAUUUUGAGGAUAUCACAAGUUUAGCAUCUUCUGGGGUUUCUCUUGACUCCAAAGAUUCACAGGGCAGAACAGCCCUCCAUAUGGCUGCAGCUAAUGGGCAUCUUGACAUUGUGGAGUAUCUUAUCAAUCAAGGAGUGGACCUCAAUGCUUCUAAUGAGGAGAAGAAUACGCCUCUUCAUUGGGCCUGUCUCAAUGGUCAUAUAGAGGUUGUUAAGAAAUUGAUUCUGGCAGGAGCGAGUUUAGGCAUUCUUAAUAGCCAUGAACGGACUCCAAUGGAUGAAGCUGUUACUAGGGGAAAAUUGGAUGUUAUUGAUGCAAUUAAUGCAGCUGUGGCACAACAGGAACUUUCAGGUGUUACAGUUUCCUAGUCUAGGAUUUCUGUGAUAAAUGUAAUCCGAUUAAUAUUUUACAGGAUGACAAAGAUGUAAAAGGUGGCUGGAAGCAUCUUAGAUUCUGCCAGGCACUUACUGAUGAUGCUACUGGAGGAAUGAAUGAAUAUGAUUCACUUCUUGACCUCUUGAGAUUCAUCGAGACUUCUUUACAUAAUUUAUUGCUUUUUAAUGUACAGAAAAGUCGCAAUGCAUACUCUUUGAAAGAGAGAUGGAGAAUCUAUAAUACGGUCCAAAAAUUAAUCAGAAAUUUUGUAGUAGAGUAUAGAUUCCAUUUCCUCGCACUUAUGAUAGCAGUUGAUUGGUUAACAUUCGCGAAUAAUUUUCGAUGAACCAUAGUUUCAUUUCA